AUGAAGACUGUAGAUUAGAAAGAAGCAAGUAAAACUUAUAGAACUUAGCAAGAACCGUUUUAAGAAGUUGUUGAGUACCUGCCAUAAAAUUAGGUUAUUUAAACUGAAAGAAUAAACACUUAGCGUUAAAGAUCGAAGACAUCUUUCAUAAAAAAUUUAGAUAUAGAAACAGCAAAAAACAUAUAAACUGAAAGCAUAUAAAAUUAGUAUGAUGAUUUUAAUAGAAAUAUGCAUAAUGAUUAAGGAGGAGGGAAAACUAAUUUUAAUCAAGUCAAUAAUUCUUGUAAAAACAGCUAUAUCACACCUGCAACAGAAUAUAGCAAGUAGCAAUAUAACCCAAAUCAAGCUUUUGUAGAUGAAGAAGAGUUUAAAAGAUACAGAAAUUUCAUAGAUAAUCAUUCUAAAUCAAGCAAAAGCUAAAUCAUCAAAAGAAAUAAUGCUGAAACUCCAAAUAUAUAAAAAAUUUCAUAAGAAAGAAAUCAAAAUGCUAAUUAAAAAUAAGAUAAAUCUUCUUUAUAAAUUAUUUUGCCUGAUUAAUCAAUUGAUAAUGCAAUGUCUUUUGGUGUAGUUAAUGACUAAAAAAGUAGAUCUUAUUAAUAGAAAUAAAAUAGUAUUUCUUAGUUACAUACAGCAAGGUCUGCUUAAAAUCUAUUUGAAGAAAUCCCAAAUAGCAAAAAUCUUGAAAAUUAUAAUUCUCAAAAAGAUACUCAUUAAUCGAAUGUUUUGAAAGUUAAAUCUUAAAGAGAUAAUAUUAAAUAUUAAUCAAUGAAUUUUUAAAAUGAUCAAGUUGUUAAUAAUGAAUAUACGUAAUAAUAUAGAUAGUAAAAUUUAGUUUCUAAGUAAUCAGAAAAGUUACUCACAGAACCUGAUUUAUGUAUCAAAAAUGAAAGAGAAAAAACUAAUUAAAUAAAAUAAUUUUAAGCUCAAGAAUAAGAUUUUCAAUAUAAUACUUCCAAAUAAUAGUAAUUGUUAUAAUAAUAAUCAUCUAAAAUCUAAAGAAAAUCUUGUAUCCUAGAUUAAUAAAGAUCUGAUUAGAUUUAAAUGUAACAACAAUACACACAGCGUUAGCAUUCUAAUAACUAAUAGCCCAAUUAGCUACAAUAAAACCAAACUUUGUAAUUAAAUUCUCAUAGGAACUAUUAAAAAACACCAGAGCGCAAUUAUAAUGAUAAUUUUAGCAAUCUCACACAUAGAAAUAAUACAUAAUUAUAAAAUAUAAAAAUCUUAUCUAACGAUGGCUAAUAAUAAAACUAGUUGGUUGCAAAAGAUCAAUAAAUUGCAAAAGGCUUAGUAAAGUAAUACUCCUCAUAAAAUUUAAAUCAAAAUUAACAUAACUUAAAUACUAAUCGCUUCUGUGCUGAUAAUAAAGCAUAUCAAAAUACUUAUAAUACAAAUGAAUAAAAAGAUUAAAAGUAUAAUCUUUAAAAUGUAAAAACUGAUUAUUAAAUGAAUUAGUAACUGUAGUAAAUGUAAGCUUACCCCUAAAAUUUAUAGCCCUCAUAAUAAAGUAUUGAAGAAAAAUAUAAAAAUUAAAUUAACUAAUUUAAAGAAUAAAUAUAAUCUUUGCAAAUACACAAUAGAUAAUUAGUUGGAUAAAUAAAAAUUCUUGAGAGUGAUAACUAGGUGUCAAUUUAAAAUAUAAGAUAGCUGCAAGAAGAAAUAUUGUAACUUUAAAAAAAUUUAGAAUUAAGCAACCACUGUAAAGAAUAAGCAUAACUGUAACAUUAAAAUAUAUUGUAAUAAUUUUAAAAACUUGAAGAAGAAAUAAAGCAAAUCAGAGAGUAAUCCUCGAAAUUUGCAUAAGAACAUUAUACAAAUUAAUAAUAGUAAUAAUAAUCAAUAGAAUUAAAAAACUGGAAUAACUACAAUAAUAUCUCCUUCGAUGAAACAUCUUCUUCUCCUUUCUCCCACAACAAUUUUGCAUCAGCUAAAAGCGUAGCUACAACUGCUACAGUUUUUUCAUAAAAAUCUUCAACAAUGAUUACAAAGCCUGCUUAAGGUUAGCAAUAAAAUCCUUAAAUACAAAUAGAAAAAUAGCAACCACAUAUUUUUAAUUAGGGAUAAAAUAAUUCCUCACUUGAAUUAUAAUAAUAGUUUUACAACUACUGCAAUUAAUUGCAAAAUAAUUCAGUAAAUUAAUAACAACAACUUAAUUAAAAUUAUAGAGAAGCAAACAUUGUUACAGCCAGAGAUGGAGCUGCUUCUGUGUUUGAGCAAACUUUCUCAUAAGAUGAUUAGCAUUAAUUCCAUUCCUAAGAAUCCAGAAAAUCAUAAGCUUUAAAAAAGAAUGUUAGCUAAGAUAAUUACUAUAGCCAAUAAGUAACUAAUAAAAAUGAAAAUAAUUCAGCUUUUGAUAUCUUAUAUUAAAUUUAUUUGAAGUUGGGAGAAGGUUAAAUAGAUCAAAUAGAAUUACUUCCAGAAAAAGUUAGCAAUUUGAUUAAUGAAAAUAAAUAGAAUGGAAAAUUUAUAAAGUCAAUGAAAGAAUUAACAAUAAAAUGUUCGCCAGCAAACUAUUUUGGAUCUUCUGAACCCAGUUUGAAGAUAAUCUGGAAAUUCAUUAAAAAAGUAAUGGAAGAAUACACAAUUUUAAAAAGCAAAAGUAAAUAAAUAGAAAGUAAAGUAAAUAAUUAAAAUCAAUAGCAAUAAGACUCAUCAGCAUCUCCCAUUUAAGUAAAAAAUAUGAACAAUCCAUAACAAUCUUUUUCUAAUUUUCCAAACAAUAAUCAAUAACAAUAAUUAUAGUAAAACUCCAGUCAGUAAAUCCAUGGGUAAAUUUAAAAGUAAUGA